GGGGAAUCGCCUUCGUCACGCUCUCUUCUGCAGCCGCAGCCAUCCGAGAUCGUCGGUCCCGCCUCCAUCGUGGUCCCGAGUCGACGCACCCGAGUCGCAGGUCGACACCUAAUUGAGUGGUUUUUCGAGCAAGAGGAGGAGCCGUCGCCAUCAUGCCGUUCUUGGAGCUGCUGAAGAAGCAGUUCACGGGGACGAAGCUGCUCUUCCAUUUCCUGUUUUGGACUUUCCACUGGGGUAUCUUUGCAUACGGAUGGUAUAAGCAGGCGGCCGAUCCACGCCUGGCAGGCUUGAACACCCUGCAAUACUCGGUUUGGAUAUCCAGAGGAGCCGGCUUGGUCCUGUCCGUCGAUGGGAUGCUCAUCUUGCUCCCGGUAUGCCGGACCAUCAUGAGAUGGGUUCGCCCAAAGCUCAGGUUCCUCCCACUCGACGAGAACAUCUGGUUGCACCGACAGCUUGCCUACUCCAUGCUCAUCUUCACCAUCUGUCACACGACGGCCCAUUACGUCAACUUCUACAACGUUGAGCAGACUCAAAUCCGCCCCGUCACCGCCCUGCAAAUCCAUUACACACAGCCCGGCGGCAUCACCGGCCAUCUCAUGCUCUUCUGCAUGCUUCUCAUGUACACAACUGCCCACUAUCGCAUUCGUCAGCAGUCGUUCGAAACCUUUUGGUACACCCACCACCUUUUUAUCCCCUUCCUGCUCGGUCUCUAUACCCAUACCGUGGGCUGUUUCGUCCGAGACACGGCCGACGGCUUCUCGCCCUUCGCCGGCGCAGACUACUGGACGCACUGCAUUGGCUACCUCGGCUGGAGAUGGGAGCUCUUCACUGGCGGUGCCUAUCUUUUCGAACGGCUCUAUCGCGAGAUUCGCGCACUGCGCCAGACCAAGAUCACCCGCGUUGUGCGACACCCAUAUGAUGCCGUCGAGAUCCAAUUCAACAAGCCCUCGUUCAAGUACAAGGCAGGCCAAUGGCUGUUUUUGCAGGUCCCAUCUAUCUCCAAGUACCAGUGGCACCCCUUCACCAUCACGUCUUGCCCGUAUGACCCGUACGUCUCGGUCCACAUCCGCCAGGUCGGUGACUUCACGAGGGCACUUGGUGACGCCGUUGGUGCCGGUGCUGCGCAGGCCAAGCUCUAUGACGGCGUUGACCCUUUGGGAAUGUACGAGGUCGCGCUUCAGAACGGGGAACAGAUGCCUACUCUGCGCAUCGACGGACCAUAUGGUGCCCCUGCCGAGGAUGUCUUUGAGAACGAGAUUGCCGUUUUGAUCGGUACCGGUAUUGGUGUCACGCCUUGGGCCGCCAUCCUGAAGAACAUCUGGCAUCUGCGGAAUGGCCCCAACCCACCCACCCGCCUCCGCCGUGUUGAGUUCAUCUGGGUCUGCAAGGACACGACCUCGUUCGAGUGGUUCCAGACGCUUCUGUCCUCGCUCGAACAGCAGUCAACUGAUGCAGCUCGAGUCCCUGGCUCGUCUGGCGUUGAAUUCCUGAAGAUCCACACCUAUCUGACCCAGAAGCUGGAUAUGGAUACCACCCAAAACAUUGUCCUGAACAGUGUCGGUGCCGACCUCGAUCCUCUCACUGAGCUCAAGUCCCGGACCAACUUCGGCCGCCCCAACUUCAACAAACUGUUCGCCGGCAUGCGUGACGGUAUCUUGGACCGAAGCUAUCUCAAUGGUCUGGAGGGCAGCAUGAGGACGACUGUGGGUGUGUACUUCUGCGGUCCUUCUUCAGCGGCUCGUGAUAUCAAGAAGGCGACCAAAGCGGCAACGGUCCGCGAAGUGCAGUUCCGCUUCUGGAAGGAACAUUUCUAGUUGUACAUAUUCUACAUUCUGUGUGUCCUCCAAACAAGCCGUCGGUGGAUUCAUCACACGGUGGAUUCUGUACAGCUAGGGAGAGCUUUCGCCCCGGAAUCGACUGGGCCAGACAUCCCAACUAACGGCGAAGCGCCGAGGAGAUGGGGGAGCGGGUUGCCCAUUGGGGGGCGAGGAUGGCGUUUCAUGCACUCAAAUCACACAAUGUUGCAUUUCAUCUACACUCUACCUACGUCAACAAUUCGACCGCCAUCUCAGGAGCCUCGUGGGGAAGGAGAA